CAGAAAGAAUGCGUGGUGUAUUUGAUAGCUCAAAUGUGAAAAGUCAUAAAAGAAUUCAUGAUAAUUAAUUUAUCUACAAAUUUUUAUGUCGUGGUAUAUAUACGUUAAAAACAAAUAAAACUUUUUGUUGAAAUUAUGACGUCAGUACAGGACAGAUUAAGAUUGAAAAGAUCUUAUGAUACUUGGAAUACCCGAGAACAGCUAUGUUUAGCUUCUAGUGUAUUAAAGUCAGGAGAUCAAAACUGGAUGAGUGUAUCUAGAUCUCUGAAAGCAUUUGUUGAAAAGGAAACAUUAAGACCACCUGAUUGGUUUUCUCAGAAAUCUUGUGCAAUUCAAUAUGCACAUUUGUUGGAAAAUGCAGAUACUCCUAAGAGAAAAAAAAGGGAGAGUGGAGAAACAACAGGUGAAUCAAUAGUUAAAAGACUGACACAAGAAAGAAUAGCUGAAUUAGGACAAAUAUUAGCUUUUCAAAGAGAUGAAUAUCAACAACUUAAAGCUGAAGUAAACAUGUUAAAAUCUGGAUCUAUAACAGAAGAUAAAUUACAAAAGAUGUGGCUUGCUAUUGAACAAGAAGAACGGGAACAAGAACAAAAAGCAAGAGCACAUUCUAUGUGGUUAGCAAAACGACAACAAAAACAGGAGUUAAAUUUGCAGCAAGGAGUAUCUAUUAUAAGUCAGCGUAAAUCUAUAGAAAGUACAGGAGAAAUUCAAGAAACUACAGAAACAUUAGAUGAUGAUGAAAAGAAAAGUAGGGGAGGAAGAUCACCAUUAUUAACAAGUUUAUUAAAAUCUCCUAGUCCAACAACACAAAUUCAAACUUCAACUACUACAGGACAAGUUAGUUCUCCUACAAUUACAAGUUUACUUGGUUCUAGUCCUAAAGUACCAAAUUCUCAACUAACACAAAAUGUAUCUUCCCAAUUGCAUCAAUUGGUUUCUUCUGCAAUUUCAAAUGUUCCACCAGAGCGACCAUCGGUUGGUGCACCCACUUUAUCCAUGUUAUUAGAGAUGCCUGCUAAUGCACAACGAGGUCCUUUACCUAAUUUACAGUCAGCUCCAACUAUUGUAUCUCAACAAAAUGUGCCUACUGAAAUUCAAAAUCUUCAGUCACAAUCUGUUCAUCAAAUGACAAUUCAUAAUGAAACACCAGUAACUACUCAAGCUCAUACAAUUAAUACACCAAAUAUUCCAGUAACAGAAAGUAUGGUGCAGAUAAUAGAUCAUAUAGAUGAUGUAAUUCGUAAAGAUAUAAUGGCAGAUGUAAUAGAUAAAGAUGAAAUUAAUGAAAUCAUUGGAGAUAUAGAAGAACUAAUAAAAGAGGAAAUAACCGGAAGUCCACAGACUUUGGAUACAAGUGCAACUACAAUUAAUACUAUUGCUGUAUCUCAAAUUCAUGAAGUUCCAGUAGUAACGGAACGACCAGAACCCAGAGACGUAGACGAAGUCGUAUCGCUUUCUAAUUCGCCAGAGAGUGCAAUGGCUAUUGAAGAAAUUGAUUCUAGCACAUCAAAUAUUGCAGAAAUUAUAGGUACAGUUGCCAUUGAACCUCAAGAACCAAAAGUUCUUGUUGCCGAAAUAUCUGAAACUAUAACAAACGUGUCUGAAGAAGUGAAAUCUGAAGAAAGUAUAUGUGAUGAAAGAUCAAAUGAAGAAGUUGUCCCUGAAUUAGAAACUCAUGAUGGAGAAAAUAGCAAAGAUAUCCCAUUACAAGAAAAACAAAUCGUCGAUGAAUUUGACACUAUGGAUUCUACUUCGAAUGUGGAAGCUGAAGAAAAUGAUUCAAAAAUACCUGUCAAAGAAAUGAUGGAUGAUGUAGUAGAAGAUGAAAUUGAAGAAGAAGAAACAGAACUAAUUAUAUCAGAGUCUAAAGAAUCACCUAAUACCAAAUUACAAAGAGAAUAUUCUGAAGAAAUAGAAAAUAAAAGUAGUAUGGAAUUAGAUCAGAUAGAAAUGCAUCUUGCAAAAAUUACAGGUGAACAGCAAGAUGUACCAUCUGCAGAAAUUGUUAGUGUUUCAUCUGAAGUAACAAAUGAUCUCCCCAGCACUGAAGAUACAGAAAAAUCGCAAGAUAUUAGUUUAAUUUUAGAAGAUGAUGAAAGUACACAUAGUUCAGAUGAUAAAAAGAAAGUAACGGAAGAACAUAUUAUAGAGAAUACCAUAGAAAGUACAGAAUCAAUUGAAUCAUUUAAAGAAGAACCUAUUAUUGUAGUAAAAGAAAAGACUAUUAUAGAAGUAAGUGAAGAGUCACCAGAUAAAUCUCAAGAAGAACAGACAGAAGAAGCUUUAGAAUUUUAUACAGAAGAAUUUAAGAAAGAAGAUACAAAAGAUUCUUCAGAAGAUACAACAAGUUCUAUUUUGCAAGAUAUAGAAAUUAAAGAAGAAGAAAUAGAAGAGACAGCAAUUGUAGAAGAUUCUACUCGAUUAGUAUCUCCAGAGGAAAUUGGAACUUCAAAACAGGAAAGUGCAGAAUCCAAAUUUGAACCUGAUGUUGCUGAUAUUAAAAAAGAAGAAACCACAUUUCAGGAACCAAAAGUAGAGGAAGAAUCUAAAAUUCAAUUAGAAACUUCUUUUAUGUUAGACGUCAAAAAAGAAGAAAUUCAAGUAAAGGAAGAAAAAGAAGAUAAAAAAAAUGAAGAUAGUGAACAUGUAAAAAAAGAAUCAGAAGCUGUCACAAGUAUUGGAGAAGAUACCGUUGAAUUAGAUGAGGAAGAAUCAUCACUAAGUAAAUUAAGUGGAGGACGUGCCAUGAAAACUUAUUCUAAAAAACAGAAUGUCUCUAUUGACAGUGAACCUGAAAAUGAAGGGACAGGUGAAGGUGCAGACUAUAGAGCAUGGAAAAAAGCAGUCAUGCUAGUUUAUAACCGACUUGCUACACAUAAAUAUGCAUCUGUAUUUUUAAGACCUAUCACAGAAGACCAAGCACCUGGAUAUCAUUCAGUUAUCUUUCGACCAAUGGAUUUAUCAACUAUUAAAAAAAACAUUGACAAUGGAACUAUAAGAUCUACAAUGCAUUUUCAACGUGAUGUAAUGUUAAUGUUUCAAAAUGCUAUAAUGUAUAAUAAACAUGAUACAUUUAUUUAUAAAAUGGCAGUUUCAAUGCAAGAAGAAUGUUUACAACAUAUGCAGAUACUAGUGCAAGUUACAGAAGAGGGAACACUUAGAAGAGAAACAAGAACUGCAGCAAGUAGUAGUAGUGAGGCUAGUGAAACUAAUAUUAAAAGGAAACGAAGUCAUAUCACACCAAGUCCACAUGAUACUGACAGCCCACGUUCAAAAAAACGUAGAAAAUCAGAGAAUGAUUAAGAUUUGGCUUGUUUAUACAUAUACAUACAAUGUGAUAUAUAUUAAAAUUCAUAUAAAAACUUAAUUAGAAAAGUAAAAGAAAGGAUAAAUCUAUCCUGUUGGUAUUAAAGAACAUUAUUGAACAUAACAGAUGUUUAAAAUGUAUUUAAAAAAAUACAGUGAUUUUACAUUCUA